AUGGAUCGAUCCCCGAAGUUACCUCAGGCUGGAUGUGGAUUCUACGGUGCCGUAGCACAGAAUAACCAAUUUUGUAUACGAUACGCAACGUUGAACAAACCCAAGGAACCUUCGGUAGGCAAAACGGCUGAGUCACCCGUGGCAUCACUACCCACCGCAGGGGCAGCAUACUUCCGGAGAGAUUUACGGCAGAAUGAGCAACAACAGAGAAAUGGCAGUCCUGAUUCCUCGGAUAUCUUAAUUUACUACCAAAACGUUGGUGGUAUCAACAGCUCUCUCGUAGAGUACCAAUUGGCUCUGAGUGAUGGCUCCUACGACAUUUACGUCUUUUCCGAAACCUGGCUCAAUGGAAACACUGCAUCAAGUCAGCUGUUCGACAACUCUUACUCCGUCUACAGGCAGGAUCGUUCGUCGCUGAAUAGUAACAAACGCACGGGAGGUGGUGUAUUGUUGGCUGUUCACUCAAGGAUCAAAUCCCGUACGCUCAAUCCUCCGAGUUGCUCGACGGUAGAGCAUCUGUGGAUCGCUAUUACCACUUUGAACGCUACACUUUACUUGUGCGUAUUUUACAUGCCUCCUGAUAGGGUAAACGAUGGACCUUUGAUCAACCAACAUCUUGACUCUCUCUAUUGGGUUGUUUCACAACUAGAACCGAGAGACAACAUUAUGAUCCUGGGCGACUUCAACUUGAGCUCAAUCUCUUGGCAUCAUAACUCGCAUGGUUUUCUCUACCCGGUUUCUUCUCAAUCCUCGAUCUGCUUGACAUCACAAGAACUGCUUGAUUCCUAUUGCACCGCUGGACUGAGGCAAAUGAUAGGAAUCAAAAAUGAAAACGAUCGCAUACUUGAUCUGUGCUUCGUCAACGAAGAACUAUGUGAGCACUGCACAGUCAUGCAAGGACCAUCACCACUUGUUAAAAUAGUGCGACAUCAUCCUCCUAUACUGGUGAAUCUCAAUUUGAAACCUUUCCGACAAUUUCACGAUGCUUCUGAAAGUGUUUCGUACGAUUUCAGUAAAACUGAUUUUACCGCGAUGAACAAUUUCCUCGCACAAAUCGAGUGGAUAGAUGUAUUUCAAGGCUGUGACGCUAACCUCGCUGCAUCGAUCAUGUCGAGUAUUCUGCUGUAUGCAAUCGAUCAGUUUGUUCCAUUGAAGAUGAAACGUGAGGAUACCAAGCCUGCCUGGUCAAAUAGUGCCCUGAAGUAUCUUAAAAGAGUGAAGCAGUCUGCUUUAAGACAGUUCAGCAAGCACCGUACGGACUCAACAAGAGCGAAAUAUCUAAAGACGAAUGCUGAGUAUAAACAGCUCAAUAAUCGUCUCUUCAGUGCUUAUCAAGACCGUCUGCAGAGACGCCUUAAGGUAAAUCCUAAAGGAUUUUGGCAUUACGUCAAAGACCAACGUAAGGAAUCCGGUCUACCAUCUACGUUGACCAACGGUUUAUUGGAAGCUGAUACGACUACCGACAUCGCUGACCUGUUUCGCUCUCAGUUCAGUAAUGUGUUUGUCAAUGAACACAUCGAUCCGCAGGAUGUUGCUGCUUCUACCAGAAACGUACCUCGACUUCUUGCUUCUGAGCUGGAUUUUGUUAUCACUGACGACAUGGGCAGUCACCUAGGACCAUUUUUGUUCCUGCUGUACAUGAACGAUGUCAACUUCACUAUGAAAUGUCUGAAACUCUCGUAUGCCGAUGGCCUGAAGCUCUACUACGUGAUACAGCAACCGCGAGACGCAUUAUUCCUGCAACAACAAUUGGAAGCUUUUGCCGAAUGGUGUCUAACGAACCCGCCCAACAAUGGCUGUGGAGAUGCGCGGAAGGGUUCGGUGCGCGGCGGAGUGGGGAAGUCUUUUCUUGUUUGCUGA